GUGUAGGAUCUAUAAGUAUAAAUAGGGUGCCAAAUUUAUUAGGUCUCUUGUCGUAUCUCCAUAGCAAAACCUAGCAGCAGUCACGUUUAGAGCUUCUCGAACCAAGAACAAUAUGGCUGAAGUCGAAUCAGAUGUUCCCGGAGCUGCUCUUGCGAAAAAGAGAACGUUCAAAAAGUUUUCCUUCAAAGGAGUCGAUCUCGAUGCUCUUCUUGACAUGCCCAAUAAGGAUCUUUUCGAGCUCUUCCCUUCCCGUAUCCGAAGAAGGAUGGAUAGAGGAAUGGGAGCGAAGCCUAUGGCUCUCAUCAAGAAAUUGCGCAAAGCGAAACUAGAAGCACCAGCUGGUGAGAAGCCAGAAGUAGUGAAAACACAUCUGAGGAACAUGGUGAUUAUGCCUGAAAUGAUUGGAAGCAUCAUUGGUGUGUACAAUGGAAAAACUUUUAACCAAAUCGAGAUCAAACCGGAGAUGAUCGGACAUUACCUUGCGGAAUUCUCAAUCACUUACAAACCGGUUUCGCACGGAAGGCCCGGUCACGGUGCUACACACUCCUCUAGGUUUAUCCCUCUCAAGUGAAGCCAUUACAAGACUUCAUGUUGUUUCUACCAUUUCUUUUCUUUGGCUUAUCUAAAUCUUUUUUAUGAAGUUGUUUCUUUUGGUCUUUGAACUUUUCUUUUAUUAUCGUUAUUACUUUUCUUGGUGAC